AUGGGUCCCGAAGCCAGGAAAAAGAAGAACCAGAAGAAGAAACAGAGGCAGAAGCAGAAGAAAGCUUUGAACAAGGAUGAAGAGAGUCCUCAAGUGGUAGAGAAAAGUAAUCUGGAAACUCUUGCUAUGGAAAAUCUAAUUAAAGACACUAUGGUCGAAAACGAGCCUAGCGUAGCUCAAUUGAGGCCGCAAGAUUCGGAUCAACCGAAAAUAGAAAUUCAAGCUCCCGAAGAAUCACAAAGAGCAAGAGCUGAAUCUAGCAGUUUUUUGGAUGACAUAAAUGACGUGGAAACAGGAAUUGAAACAUCUACAGCUGCAGAUGUGCAGUCAGGUAUAGAAAACACUACUCAGGGAACCAACACAGAAGCUGUUAUUACACCUUCUCUAAAGCAGGAGCCUCCGUUUGAAACCGAUGCGAACACUGUGACGCAGAGCAUCACUUACUCAAACGAAGGUGCCACAAUUUCGAAGGAAACACCCCCAUCAGAUUUCUCCAAAGAAAUCGAAAAUGGGUCCCAAAACUCGCUGGUAGAAAACGUGUUCGAGAUGGCACAUAAUGAGAAUGCUGAGAACGUCGACGAACGUUCUUCUGGUCACGGCACCAAUUUCAGCGCGUCGCAAGCAGAAGUGCAGCAAACGAAGGCAAAUGGUACACUACCACGAAAAGACGCUGGAAGCGAAGAUACAACUGAAGAUAACAUUUUAAGCCUUCAAGAUCCAGCUUCUCAACAAGGUGAGCAGUUGGCACAAGUGGAUUUUGAAUUAGGCACUGUGAAUAACGAAGAAGAGAGGGACACAAAGUUUGAGACAGAGGCUCCUUCUCUUCCGAAACAUGAGACGAAUGAUGUCCACGAAGAGUCUGCUGUCACGGUAGAGCCUAUGGAACAAACGGGGCUGGAUGACUCAGAUUCCAUGAAAGGCAACGGUUCGUUUCCUGGACAAACCUUUGAUAGUCCUUCCCCUGAACAAAUUUUCAAUGAUCACGACUUGAACGAAUUCGACGAAAAUGAUGAAGAAGCCCAUCAUGACCCUUUGGAACCUCCAGCUAUUUCACAAAUUCAGAACGAAGUUCCAGGUGCUUUGAGCUUAGAAAAAAUUUCGGUUUCAUCGAUCGACGAUGGAUCUGUUCAGGAAUCUAUCACAAUAUCAGAUUCUGAGCAUCCGGAGGUUAAAGCAGAAUUAGUUUCCGAAACUAACCCACCGUUCACAGCGGCCUCUCCACAUUUUACUGAAGUUCAGCUAGGGGAAGGUGAAGAUGUGGAUCAAGAGAAUGAACUGGUCACAGAUGCGGACUUGCUUGUAGAUGUUGAGAGUCCCGAAAACAAAAUGCGCGUCGCAGAAAACAAUUUUCUCGACCAGCCCGAGUUUGUGAACGAAGAGGAAGAUGCGUCUCGUUUCGAGGACAACGAACCGGAAGGGCUUGUCAGUCAAGCCGUCAAUGAUACGCUUGCUAGAGAUGAAUCGCAGAAUCACUUUUUGGCGCCAGAACUCGAUUCUAACCCAAUUUCAUGGGAACCAGAAUUCCAAGUGCAACAAGACAAUGAGAAAGAUGCGCGUAACAACGCUGUCCAGCCUGUCACGAUUCCGGAAAGCUUGACUUCCAAUGCACAAACACAUGAAGCCAAGUCUUUUGCCAAUGACGACGAAGGUGAUGAGAAACCACUUCCAUGGGAAGAAAACGAUGAUUUUCUCAGCCAUCUGGGGCUAAAAGACGCGGCUGCUGCGUCAGGUAAUGAUUUUGAGGCGGCACAUCCUCUUGCCGUCGAUGAGACUCCUGAAUGGCUAUCUCAAAAUCAAAAGAGUGAAGAAAACCCACUUCCAUGGGAGGUAGAAAACGAAGAUGCUGGAGACUCAUCUGUUCUUCGGAGUUCCAUCGGCUCUGGGGACCCGCCCAAAAAGUUUUCUUUUCUAGAAAAUGACGAUGACCUUCUAGAUGACGACGAUAGCUUUUUGGACUCUGAUGAAGAACCUUCUUUGAACGCAACAGCCAGUCUCAGUGAAGGCCCUGGUUCAACUGUUCCAGUAAGCAACCCUUACCUACCACGCAACGACAGCAAUGUAAGCACGCCUGCGGUGACCUCGACCCCAGUGGUUCAAACUAACGCUAAUUUUGCUCAUCCUGUUGCACCUCUGAUCUCUCAAACGCAAAAACAGGCACCAAGUGAUAGAAAGACCUCGAGAUAUGGCCCAUCACCCGCAAUAGAUGAAGUGGGCGGCCCUCGGGUUACCGCCGUUACGGAACCGGCACCGAUUCAUCCUGCAGCCCCUUCAAUACGUCCAAUCUUGACAGAAUUCCCCCCUCCCCAAAAUAUGAACCGAAAACUAGACGAGGAAAAGAAAAAGUCCGACGCCUACGACUUCCCGUUGGAACUGGCAUCUCGUAAUUCCAAAAAGCCCAAACAGCCUAAACCCUUUGGAUCUGUUAGCCCCGCAAUUUCUUCCAGUGCGUCUUCCAUCAAUACACCCGGUAUUUCGGGAGCUGUUCCUUCCAAAGUGGGCCCCAUAGUCGGUAACAGCAUCCCUGUUCCACUCAACUACACAGGGAGUGCUCCUAAAGGUGUACAGAUGCAGCCAAGUUUUCAGGCGCGUGAUCCUAUUUCUGCCGUCAAUCCCCCUGUAUCCACUUAUCGAGGGCCUCCUGGCAGAGUGUCAGCAGAGGCUUUCGACCAUUCCAAUCUUAACAUGCAACUCAAUCAGCAAACUGCAUACCAGCCUUCACUUCCCAGCAAAGGUGCAAGUAACGUUCCCGCGCCAAUGAGUAGGUACGCGCCUACGUCAGCCAAUGCAGAACUCCCAAGAAAAGGAAACGCAAUGAGUCCUUAUGCCCCUGAAAGCGCUCGUGUUAGAGCUUUUAGCAACGUCUCGAGCGGGAGUGCAGUCUCGAUUGGACGUGCGAACAGUCAUAACAUUAUGCCCGCAGCUUCACGAUUUCAUGGUCAGACAAUUAACAACGGCCCUCCAGGUGAUCAGUUCCUCCGCCCAGAGGCUCAGGCACCUUUGGUUCCUGCUCUCAAAACGAUUGGACUUUCGACACUGGGGAAUCAGCCCGUCUCACCUAACACGCAAAAGAGAAGCCAUGCGCGUUCAAAUUCUAGCGUCUAUGCCCCAGCUUUUUCUUCAAAAUAUGCGCCAACUGUUCAACCACAAUUCCACCUGCCUUCGCAGGACAGCGAAAGCCCUCACUACGGCGUAAGCUCAAAUUACGGACGCCCUGUUGCGUCCAACAUUUUGAAACAAACAGGCGAUGACUCAUCUGCCGUGCAUAGAGUUGCUGAUGCGCAGGCGGUUGACCCAAGUAUUGCCUUCCAUCGACAAUUUCCUCUUUUCCGCUGGGGGAGUUCCUCGAAAGUGGCUUUCGGCCUACCACGCGCAAGUGACGCUAACAGCUAUUUUACGACGGGAGGGCAAGGAUUAGAUGUCUGUGUUGCUAGCUAUGAUGCUAUUGUGAAGCCGUCUGACAGCUUCAAGUGCUUUCCUGGCCCUCUGUUGAAGAACAAGACAAAAAGCAAGGAAGUUCAAAAGUGGAUCACUGAUAGCUGCCUUCAGUAUACGAAGGAUCAGCCUAUGAAAGAUUUGACCUUGUACAAUAUUUUAAGUGCAAAAAUUACUCCGGAUGUUACUUUGAGAGAUAUCGCAAAGGCUUUGUACAAUCCGGACGAGUUACUGCCAUUUUUGUCUCAACCGGCCUCGAGAAAGAAGAAUGCCUUCAAUGCCAGAAAACUAAGUGCGAACGACCAGCUUAGAGUUUUUGCAGCACUGCAGACAGGAAACCACGAACAUGCACUUGAGUUAGCGCUUGCUGAAGGUGAUUACGCACUAGCGUUGAUGCUAGGUAGCUUACUUGGUAAGAAAAAAUGGUCAGACGUUGUUAAUAUCUACCUGCAUGAAGAGUUUAUCCCGGUUGGCAGCAAUGACACUGAUUUCUCUGGCUAUCUGCUGACUUUAAUAUUCCAAGUAUCUGUUGGCAAUGCCAAGCGCGUAGUUAGCGAGCUCGAGGUCAAUCCUUUGAAAGUAAAUUGGGCCAUUAAUAAUUGGAAAAUGAUUGUCGCUGCGAUUCUUAACAAUGUCAAACAUCAAUCUGACGAUCCAGCAUCUGACGCGUUACGAUUGACUCCCUUUUCAACGGAGUUCAUGGUCGAGUUUGGCGCUUUUCUACACCAGAAUGGAAUGCGUGUCGAGGGGGUUACUUGUUUUGUAGUAGCAGACCUUCCGGUAUCGGACCACGAAUUAAUCGUAGGCUCCGGUGUAAAGUUUUCUUCUGUUGGCGACGAAAACUCUUGGGAGGGGAUGCUACUGACCGAGGUAUAUGAGUUUUCUCUCGCUGUCAAAGACCCAAAGUAUCCAGGAUCUAUACACUCACUUGUUCAGAAGUUGGUCCACUCAUUGGCUCUAAUUGAAUGUGGCAUGACUGCUGAUGCCUCGAAAUAUGCUGAUGCUGUCAGUCAAAGCUUGAGGUCUCUACCAAAGAACAGCCCGCUGGCCUGUGCUGUUGAACUACGGCUGAAUUUUGUGUCUUCAAGACUUGUAGGCACAAAUGGAAGCUGGCUUGGUAAGCCAAAGCUGAGCCAAGUCUGGGGCCAGCUUGAUAAAUCCUUCAACAAAUUCAUUGGUGGUGAUAGCGAAGAAGCUCAAAACGAUACCACAGGGAAGAUUUUCGAAAGCUUCACGCCAAGCAACUCUAGAAACGCAUCCUUAUUAGAUUUGAGCAACCAACCUUUACCAUUCAACCCGGUUGACUCUCUCAACUCCUCAAUUACACCUGCCUUUCCUCCAUUACAGAGACCUCAAAUACCUACUAAUGUGUCCUCUGGAGGCUUAUUGAAGGGACGGAACGGCUCUUCAGUCGCAGAAUCCAAGUACGAUCCUUCUCGUAACCAAUGGGCAGCUACACCCAAUCAACCAACGACAAUCGAAAUGCCAGCCUCAACCUUUGAUUCACCUGUUCAGUCAAUCCUUCACAAAUCGCCUAUAAGACCGAAGGAUCAGCUUCCAGCUGCCGAAACCCCACCGCCAUUGUUCUCGACUUUGUCAUCUUCUAACAAAUACAUCAGUAGAAAAGUGCCUCUCAGUGGUGAGGGAGUAGCAGACAAUGCUCUCCCUCCACAUGCUCAUUCCAGACCGAAAAGGUCAUACAGAAGCGAGAAGCCAGUGAACGCCGCUCUACUCGCAGACCUUUGCGCUGCUCCUCCUCCUCCUCCUCCGCCGAUAUCUGGGAGCACUGGCAGCUACACUAGCAGAAGGAACUCGGCCCAAUCUCGAAGCAGCUUUCAGUCAAAAUCAUCCAAUUUAUCAUCUCCUAAGCACACACCGAUGUCCUUUCCGCCUGCAGCGGCUGACUUGAGCACAGAGUUGACAAAUGCGUCCUCACAUCGGGUUGACCAGCAACCUCGGAUAAAUAUUCCCAUUCCCUCGAACAAAAUAUCACAAAAUGCAGAUUUCGAAGACGGCAGUCUGGAUGGGGAUGUCUCAAUGGCCCAAACUGUGGAGACCCUAAAUGAAGAAGUUGCAGGGACCCUCACUCAAGAACACUAUCGUAAACAUCAUGCGGUGCCUCUGCCCGUAAAUGUCGGGACCGCAGCUAUGACAUCUGAAUAUGAGACUGAUAAUAACGCUCUUGGAACGCAGAUGACAGGCAUAGAAGCAUCUCAGUCGCAAGAAGUUGCGAACUUCGAGGAUGAAACGCGCCGUCAGCCUGGGCUUCUUGGGGACACUGAAGAGAACGUUCAGACCGGUACAAAUAACAUGAAGUAUGCUCAUGGCCUAAAAAGCUCACAGGUGCCAUCGCAGACUUCAAGCGGACCCAACGUGAUGUCUGGUAAGGCCAGAAAUCCCUACGCACCAGUUGAAGUCGAAAAGGAAACCAAGGCGCUUCAUAAUCCUUACGCGCCAUCUAACUCACAACCUCUGGAAACUGAUAACGGAGCAUCUGAAAGUCCUGGCGACUUGGCUCAGAAAACUUCGGAUGCAGAGCUAAACAUGUUUUCAUAUGGGGGCUACAAGUUAUCAAAUACAGACGUCGGGGAGUCUGGGGCGGUGUCAACAAAUGACGUGAGGAAGAAUUCGUUUUCACAAUCGCCAGUUGGCGAGAGUGGCAUGGGAAGUGGAGAUAACGUGUCCAUGAAAGACCCGCAAGAGUCCCCCAAUACACAGACCGAUGCUACAAGUCCUCAAGGUCGGUUUGAGCCUGUUUCGAACAAAAAGCUGAAUUUGGUGGCCGACGAUGGCGGCCAGUUGUUUAGCGGUAACAGCGCUCCAGUGAUUAGGCCUUCGUCCAAUCCUAGCUUUAGACCAUUCACUCCCGCCUCAACACCAGGAGCGGAAGGAGCCGAAGAAUACUACGAGGACAUCAUAGAAAAUGAAACCGACGAUGAGGAGGAUGAAGCCGAGCUGGAAAAGCAGAGGGUAGAAGCUGAGAAGCAGAAAUCAAAGGAGAAGGCAAAGAAAGAUGCGACAGAAGCAAAGGGUGACCGGAACAACAACCAAAACGGCGCUUCGUGGUUCGGAUGGCUACGCAAAGAUCCUAACGAAAAGAAGCCUGUUAAGGCAAAAUUAGGACAUCAAAAUACGUUCUAUUAUGAUGACAAGCUCCAACGGUGGGUAAACAAGAAUGCCACGGAGGAAGAAAAGCAGCAAAUUUCGGCACCACCUCCUCCGCCUCCUAUCAUCACGAAGAAAUUGGAGGGGUCUCCAAAGGUGAAGCCACGUUCGGGAUCUGUUGCUGGGGGAGCUGCAGCCAGAACUGCUGCAUUUACGCCCUCUUCAAAUGUACUCGAAGAGCGAAGUGCAUCAUCAAGUGAAGCCGCUGGUCCCUCACAAAGUGUCUCGCCGUCUUCAACCCCAAGUGUGAGUCUCUCUGGAAAAAAAGCCAACAACAUUGACGAUUUAAUGUCCUUGGUGGGUAACGCAGGCAAUCAAAGCGGAGCUAGAAGAAAGAAGAAAGGUGCCAGAGGUUACGUCAAUGUCAUGAACAAUAUGUAA